ACAAUUACACCGUUGUUGUUUCUUUUCUCCUCUCAUGUUAUCGGUUACUUCUUCUUAUUUAUCUCUUUCUUCUCUCUCUGCGUGCGCUCUCAUGACUUUUGAGUUUUCAUCACUUUCUUUUCCUACCCAACUACGUUUUCUUUAGAUCCAACCACUUUUCUUACCAACAAUCAAUCGCUUCAAUCUACCUGUAUACUCAAUUCAUCACCACUCUCGUUAGGUCUUGCUUCCCCUUUUCUCUCUCUAUGCCAUUCCCUCAGUUGGGAAGGGUGUACUGGAGUCAACGUUUAGCUUCUGGGCACAAAUUUAUUAACAGUAUUGCAAACCUGUUGGCCUUUUUGGGAUGGGAAAGUGCAAGUGUUGUGGGAAGUUAGGAAGAAUGGGGCCAAGGGAUGGAUCUAAGAGUGCUUAUGAAUUUUCUUUGAUGUUGUCUCCUGUUGUUUCUUUUUGGGACUGCAUUGUUCGUAAAAUGAGGUACUCCUACAGACCUGAGUGGGUGUAGUGGUUCGAUCUUUUCCGUUAGUACUAGUCUUCAUACUUCAACUAAUUAGAAUUUAUUACUAGCAUAAUAAUAGUUUAGGUGAAAAAAGUUAUAGAAAAAUGUAUACGCUCUAAAGGAAUUCUCUUGAAGGAUAGGGUUUUAGAACAGUCAUUUUAAGUAUUUAUGUCUUUAGUAAGUUCAAUGGAUAACAUGGCAUGUAAUAAAGGGCAACAUGUGAGAAAGGCGAAGAAGAAGCAGGUGAAAGAUGAGUUGGAUCGUCUUAAGCAGGCUGAAAAGAAAAAGAGACGUCUGGAAAAAGCUCUCGCUACGUCUGCUGCCAUCAUAUCGGAACUGGAAAAAAAGAAACAGAAGAAGAAAGAAGAACAACAGAGACUUGAUGAAGAGGGUGCUGCAAUUGCGGAAGCUGUCGCUCUGCAUGUUCUACUCGGUGAAGACUCAGACGAUUCAUAUAAGGUUGAGUGCAAGACUUGGGAUGAUUAUAAUCGUAAUCUUGAUUUCUUCAUGGGUGGGAAAAGAGCCUGCUUUCCGAAUCUAGAUGGAGGCACAUGGUCCGUCACUGCUGAAAAUGGCAAGUGGUCUAUCUCGUCCGGGCCUUUCGAAAACAACAAUGUGCACGCUUCACCUUACGGAGAAGCAGUAUGGGAUCCUACACGAUUCUCUGUCGACCUUAUAGCAGCACAAGCAGUUAGAUCACUCCAGAUUGCAGAGAAUGCAGAUGAGGAUAGGAUUCUAUUCUAAUGGAAUCCUUACAUAUCGGAUUAAUCGCGUCUUUGCCGGGGACUUGAGUCUUUUAUUUUAUUUUAUUUGAGGUCUUUCAUGUGUAUAUAACUAUAUUCUAUAUUAUAUAUCGUGAGUCUUGUGUUUGUCAAACAACACAUUCUGCUUCAGCUGUGAUUGAACAUGUUGUUAGUGUCCCCAUGUUUUAUUCUGAUUUGCUUUACCUGUAUGUGAGGAUGCUAAUUUUCUUUGUGGAGUGAUGACUUUCAUACUCAAGUAUUGUAGGGAACUAUACUUUUUUGAGCUGAUUAUCAAUGGUAAUAGUAUAAAUGGAGACCUCAUGAUUUAUA